UUAAUGCACAGUCAAACAAAAUGGCUACUAUGACUAGCAGUUUCAACAACGGUCCUGGAAUGUUAGGCAGCGGCUUAGAAUGGAUGAAUACAGAAGUAUCUACAGGUACCACCAUUAUGGCCACUGAAUUUGAUGGUGGAGUUAUUGUGGGUGCUGACUCCAGAACUACUACAGGAACAUAUAUUGCAAAUCGUGUCACUGACAAGUUGACCAAAGUGACAGACUUCAUCUACUGUUGUCGUUCUGGCUCGGCCGCUGACACUCAAGCUAUAGCUGACAUUGUAAAGUACCACAUUGAAUUUCACAGAAUGGAGACAGGAGAGGAACCCCUAGUGAAAACAGUGGCCAAUAUAUUCAAGCAGCUGUGUUAUGACCACAGGGACCAGCUCUCUGCUGGCAUCAUUGUGGCAGGCUGGGACAGACGGGAGGGGGGACAGGUGUACUCUAUCCCCAUUGGUGGAAUGUUACAUAAAAUGCCAUUCACCAUUGGAGGUUCAGGCAGCACAUAUCUCUAUGGUUACGUUGAUGCUAACUAUAAACCAAAACUCAAGAAGGAAGAUGCAUUAAAAUUUGUUGCCAAUUCUGUGUCCCUAGCCAUCAACAGAGACGGUUCCAGUGGAGGAAUCAUCCGUCUGGCUGCCAUCUCUAAGGAGGGGGUGGAGAGGUUCACCCUGACUGGUGACCAGCUGCCCAAGUUCUACGAGGACAGUUAACUCAUCAUUUCAUUCAUUAUGUCACACGUACAUUUGAUUGGUGAUGACUGCGCGGCCUAUUUGCUUGUUAUGUUUAACUGUAUUCUGUACUGAGAAUUUUGAUCAAGUAUUUUUUAAAAAUGAUGUUAAAGAGUUGACAUGAAAUCAACUGGACAGACACAUACACUACUCAGAAUAAACAUUGAGCAAUUAUAUUGGCCAGUUAGUUCAUUGACCUGCUUUUUUUUUUAAUUUCCACCAUUUGAAAUGUGUUGUAUAAACUUGUCAUUGAUGUGAGUUCCAAAACACCUCAUGACUCCAAUAAAGAGAGAUGAUUGACACUCUG